AUGCCUUCCCAAGCAAAAACUCCCAUCGCCCCCAUCCCACGCCGCCGCUCUCCUAUCCUCACCAACCCUACAUUCGGCCAGGAUAUCAGCCUAUCCCUCUCCAUCAACCUGAACUCGAAAGCCAAGUCACCAUAUACUUUCAUCAACCGUAUGGACGAGAACGACUACAGCCCUCCAGCUCCUCCACCACCAAGCCCAGUCAACUUCCCAGCCGAGAGCUGGAACACCGCCUGCUCGGGCCGGAGAUAA